AGCCCAGAUGGACCCGACAGAGAGCUCGGCUACAUAUACGACUGGGUAUCAAGGACUGUGUGCGAUUCAUCUACAGCAGCACUUCCAGACCUUGAGUCGCAGGAAAGUACAACGACUCAUCAUGGAUAUAUCCUAUAGUCCCACCGACUAUUACAGGGUGCCGGGUGACAUGCUACCUUCACCUUUGCCAGAGUCCUCGUCUACGACAAUCUACAAUGCUGAGGAUACCAUGUCCGAAUGGUCCUUUGCAGAACUUGCGGCAACAUUCCCAUCGGGCGAUCUCUUUCUGCGGGUGACCGAUAAAUGGUGCCUCCGCUUCCUUCACUCGCCUUUGCCUCGAGACAUUGAGAGAGCUGUCAUACAAUCGGGUGCGCAUGUCAUCGAGAAACUUGAGUCGUGCGUUCCGAUCUUCAUUCCAAGAAGCUACGUUGAAGGCCGACUGGUCGGCAACGAGCAGAUGAGCAACUAUACCACCGAAUACUGUGGCUCUCUUGGCGACGAAUCGAUACUUUGCAACACAUCAGAAUACAUUGAAGCGGCUCGUAAGGGGAUACAGCAACAUGGCCAUCCGCUUGCCUAUGCGUACAGGGCAAUUCAUCGCACUUAUCAGGGUUGGCUAGAUUCUAACUGUCCCGGCAGGCGAAUGCGCUGAUCGGCUUACUAUGCGCACGGAAGCUAGUAUUUGCGGCCACCACUAUCACCGAUUUCAACAAUUGCCACGACAAGUUACACCUCCUACAAAUACAGCCUCAUGCAAGUGGGCAGUUCGAAAGGCAUCAAUUUAUCUCGCAAGCUCUCUAUCAACAGACGGUGACCUCUAACGCGAGAUCUGAGCACAAAACUCAAACAAUGGCCGAAGGAUUGCCGUAGUCACAGUCAAGGCACCUCACGCCAUAUGCAGCCACCAGCCACAGUGACCAGAACCCGUGCCGUAUGAAAUGUCCUUAGUGUAGUAGUGUCGUUGGGUGAAGCAUCUGAUUGGCGCGCAAGCAGUUUUUGUGGGUUCUAGCUGACUAAGUACUCUUAUUUGCGCACCUAGGUGCGCACCUAUUGGCCCCCCAGAUUGCGAAGUAGUAGUACAGAG